CACAUUUUUCCCUUCUGUCGUUCUCAUUUCUCAACUCACAAACCCUAAAUUCCUAAAUUCUUCUCUGGCUCUCUGCCCUUCAUCGAAGAUUCGAAGGCCCAGAGAGGAGAUUCAAAUUCGAAGGCUCUCACUCCUCUCUGCCCUCCAUCGAAGAAUCGAAGUCUCUCACUCCUCUCUCCUCUCUCCCCUCCAUCGAAGAAUCAAAGUCUCUCACUCGGUCACUCCUCUCAGUCCUCUCACAGAGACCAAAUCAGAGUUCAAGAGUGAAGAAGUAGCCUCGAUUUGACUCAACUCGAUUCUUCAAGCCUCCCACUCUGAAUCGAUGGGAAAACUGCGGUUUAAAAGCAGUAAGAAGAGAGCUCAAGAAGGAGAUUCUAGUCUAGUUGUUUCUUUAACUGGUACCUCUCCCUCAAUCCCUGACAGAGCUGAAGAAGAUGUCACUCAAGCAGGAGCUCCAUCUUCCUCAUCUGACAAGGUUAGUAACAAUCCUCGAGCUGAUAGAAAAUGUAGUUGGGUGUGGGAGCACUUUAAGGAAUAUAAAGAUGUAAAAGUCAAUAAAGUAAAGGGUCAAGAAGAUAUUGUAGAAGAAUUUAGGAGGGCUAAGUGUAUAUAUUGUCCUAAGGGUCCUCUAGGAGACUAUGCUUGUGAUUCUUACAAAAAUGGGACUCAAGGGAUGAUUAGGCACAUAAACAAAUCAUGUAAGUAUUAUCCCGGAAGGAGAGCGAUAGAUAAAAAUCAGAAAGUGCUUGCUGGUGAUAAAAGUAAGGGUAAUUCUAUGAAAAUGGUAGCAUUUAAUCCUGAUGAAGUUAUGAAAGCAUGUGUUGAAAUGGUAGUAGUUGAUGAGCUUCCUUUUAGCUUCGUUGAAAAGCAAGGGUUUAGGCAUUUUUGUCAUGUUGCAGUGCCGAUGUUUAAGGUCCCUUGUAGGAAAACUUUGGUUAAACAUUUUCUUACAUUGUAUGAUAAGACAAAGAAGAAGUUGAAAACUGAUUUAGCACACUAUAGGGUCUGCCUAACCACUGACACUUGGACAAGUGUUCAAAAUUUCAACUACAUGGUGCUAACAGCACACUUUAUCGAUGAUAAGUGGGAAAUGCAUAAGAGGAUAAUCAAUUUUUGCACUAUUUCUAAUCAUAGUGGAAUUUCCAUAGGUCUUUUGAUUGAGUCUUGUUUGCUUCAAUGGGGGAUUAGCAAGGUUUUAACCAUCACAGUAGAUAAUGCAGCAGCCAAUAAGUGUGCUAUUGAGUUUUUUAGGUCCAAACUUAACAAAAGAGAUCAAUCUUAGAGGGUAAGUACAUGCAUGUUAGGUGUACUGCCCAUAAUUGUAAUUUGAUUGUUGGUAGUGGGCUGAAGAGACUAAAUAGAGUAGUGUUGGCCAUUAGAAAUGCGGUGAAGUUUGUUAGGUCUUCACCAGCAAGGUUGGAUAGUUUUAAGGCAUGUGUAGAACAUGAACAGAUCCCUUGUAGAGGAUUGGUUGUUAUGGAUGUUCCCACGAGGUGGAAUUCAACAUUCUUAAUGUUGGAAGCUGCCUUGAAGUUCAAAGCAGCCUUUGCAAGGAUGGAGGAGCAACCGGACUGCGGCUUUUCAGCCUAUUUCAAAGAGCCUGAGGAAGAGUAUGAUGAGGAAGGAAAUUUGGUUCCAAGUAAAAGCAAGAGGCCUAGAGUGGGGCCUCCAUCCGCGGAUGAAUGGCAUAAGGCGGAAGUGUUUGUGCAGUUUCUUAGGGUAUUCUAUGAAGUAACUCUAAGAGUUAGUGCAAGUAAUAGGCCCACAAUCCACACCACUUUUCAUGAUAUGUUGUCAAUCGAAUCGGAGAUUAGCAAGCUCUUCAUAGAACCCAAAAUUCCACCAGGCUCGGACACCGAGAAGGUUUUGAGUGAUAUGACAACAAAUAUGAGGUCCAAAUUCAUCAAGUAUUAUGGUGGCUUUCGGGAUUUGAAUCCCUUGGUGUUUAUGGGGCUGAUCCUUGAUCCUAGAUUCAAGCUAAGGCAUGUAACUCAUCUUUUGACAAAUGAAGGGUUUGAAUUGGAAGAUGUGCAGACUAAAACGAGGGAGUUACGUGAUGUGUUGAUGUCCUUAUAUGAAGAGUAUGCACCAAAGGAGACCCCUGCAAAGAAGAGAGGUCAAACAGAGGUUGAAAGCUCAUCUUCACAAAGCACUGUAACAAGCACCAACAGCAGAGGAAGACAAUCUUACAUCAAUGAUUGGAGGAAAGUAGUUUCUGAGCUUGAUGAGGUUGUGGUUUCACAUGAAGUAGACAAAUACUUGCUGGACCCUCUUGAAUUCACAAAUGAGAAGGAAGGGUUCGAGUUCCCGAUUAUGUUAUGGUGGAAGAUCAAUGGAGCCAAGUACCCUAUACUUCAAGCAAUAGCCAAAGAUGUGUUGGCUGUUUAAGUUUCGACAGUUGCAUCGGAGUCCGCUUUUAGCACCGGAGGGAGAGUAAUCGACAACUUUAGGAGUUCAUUGACUCCUAAAUCUGUCGAAGCAUUGAUUUGUCUACAAAGUUGGUUGAGGGGGAAUGAUAUUAGCUGCAUAGAAGAUGAACCAUGCAUCAAAGAUUAUGAGUUCUAUGAAAAGUGUGAGAAAGAUCACGUAACCUCAGCCUCUUCAACCUCUUGUCCUCCUCCAAAAGCUAAGGGAAAGAAUGGUAUUGGAACUGAUGAUGAAGUUGUUCAACUCAGUGAAGAUGACUCCGAUGAUGAAAUGGUGUCUGAUGAUUCAGAAAACAGUUGAUGCCUAAUUGCCUAUUGCCUUGAUGUGAUCAGUUUCUGACUUUCUGGUUUCUGGAAAUUUUGCUAUUCAAAGCAAGUCAGGCCGAUUGGUACCGAACCGAUCUGAUUCGGGCCUAGUUGGUAUUGCAGAUGAUAUUCCGGUGUCCCGAACCGAACUGAGCCGACUACAAACUCGGUAUCGAUAUCGGUAUAGGCAUGUUCCCGAGCUGAGCCAAACCGAUCCCAGACCUAGUUUCAGUUAAUUUCCAGAAGCAAAGAUGAAGAAUUGAGAAUCUGAUCUCUUAGUGAAGGGCUUUAGUUUUGAGUUGGUUGGUUGUUUCCGUUCUGCUCUAUGAUUCGAAAAGCAAAUUGUGGAUGGAAGGAGGAGAUUUAGGAGAGGUGUUAGCAUGUUGCAGCCUUGUUAUUCAAAGCUUUGAGCCUUGUGGGUUUUCCUUUCUUGGCUGUUCUAGUUUUGGGUCUGCUUAAGAAUUGAGGUGACUGAUUGUUCUUUUUUGUGUUAUGUUUUAUUUAUGAUUUUUCUUGGCUGAUUUCUAUGUUAAAUUGAG